AGGAAAGUCAGAAGACAAUAGUUCAGAAUUAUAUACUUUCUCUUUUCCAGAUAUUUUUGAAUCAUGGAAUACUAUAGUUAUUGAAUCUUCUAUACAAGCUAUAGCAAAAGCAAUUAGUUAUAAGCAGUUAAUUAAAGGAAUAUUGCUUGGACUUGCCUAUAAAUAUGUAAAACUAGUUAAUUAUGAUAAUAUAAAUGAUUCAAAUUUUUUAAUAGAAACUUUUAAAGAAUGGAUACAUACAUAUGAAGAACUACGAUAUAACAAUCAAGCUAUAGAACAAAUACUAAAACAGGGGCUAGAAUUAGAAUAUAAUCAAGUUAUAGAAUAUAAGAAAAAUAAACAAAAUUUCAAACAUGAGAGAAAUGCUAAAACUACACAACUAAUUGUUCAGAAUCCG